AUGAGAGAAGGGGAACUGGAAGAGAGACCCACCGAUGGUGGCAAACAAGGAACUACACUUAAGAAGCAAACGAAGGAUAAGGUUGCAGGUUCCACAACAAAAGCGAAUCGUUCGGACAAGGUCACAGUUUCUGGAGCACCACGUGUCAAACCAGAGCUGGCCUUGCCAGUAAUAACGGAAGAUGUGGAACAUUCUAUUCUUGAAGACUUGAGAAACCGUGUUCAGUUGAGUAGCAUGACAUUGCCUUCGUGGCACGCCAACUGCAACUACAUUGCCACUGGGUCCAGUGACAAAACCGUGCGGCUUUGGGAUGUUCAGAGUGAGGAGUGUGUUAGGAUUUUCAUCGGCCAUAGGAGUUCGGUUUUAUGCUUGGCGAUGUCACCAGACGGCCGUUACAUGGCGUCUGGUGAUGAAGACGGCAAGAUCAUGAUGUGGGACCUCUCUUCUGGACGCUGUGUAUCACCCAUGGUUGGUCACAGCUCUUGCAUAUGGUCACUCUCUUCUCGUGAUAAUUUGGGCUGUUGUUGA